CCUCCUUUGCUGGUGGUCACUUAUCCUCUUCUUUUGUCCUCUGUAUUCUCGAUUAUUUUGUUGUCGAAAACUAUGAAUUGCAACCAACUAAGUUUAUCGCAUUGCGAGUGAGUUAGACAUGGUAGGACAAGAAUUAAAUGCUGUUGUAGAGGAAAAGGUGAAGAGAGCGAGAAAGGGAGUGAGUAAAAGCAAGACCGGGUGCUUUACUUGUAGGGUACGACAUAUAAAAUGCGAUGAAACCAGACCUAGUUGCAUCCGUUGUACGGAAACUGGCAGACAAUGUGACUAUCUAAACCCGGCUUUGGCUGUUCCCCCGCCACCUAAGCCAGCCAAGAAGCUUUUGAGUCUUUCCAAUCAACAAACAUCACCAAGCACUUCAUCAAAUUCAGAUUCAGCUAAGACGGUUGUAAUGCCGCCACGGCUCCGGUUAUAUCCUCGAAUUCUUCCUCAACUCCAUCCGGAGGAAAUUCAAAACUUUGACUAUUUCCAAAACGUUUGUGCAAAAGACUUUGCGGGGUAUUUUCAAGGCUCCCUUUGGGAAAAGUUGGUUCUUAGGACUGCUUAUGAAGAACCUUGUAUAAGGCAUGCGGUUGUUGCUUUGGGAUCUCUACAUCGAGCGCAGAUGUACCCAGCUGACAUUCGGAACAACAUCUCUGCGCCUGACUCCUCCAUGAGGUAUUACCGCAAAGCCAUUUUGACGCUUAAUCAAAGACUCGAAAGUUGCAGUAUGAGCUGGGAAUUGGCAAUUCUUUCAAGCCUGAUUUUCCUAGCCCAUGAGCUUUUACUCGGCCAUGAUGUCGUGGCCUUUAUGCAUCUCAAAAGCGGAUUCAGGAUGCUUAAAGCAAUCCGAGAUCGCUUCACUCAAUAUUCAGCUGAUGGAAAGAUUGUAGCGACCAAUCCAUCUGCUUGCGCCCUUUCCGGAAAUCUACAUGAUCUUGUCAACGCCUUCGCAAGACUUGACGUUCAAGCAGCUACGUUCGAGAGAGCAUACAAACCCAAUAAUUUCAGGACAGCAACCUUGCCAGACCGAUUUACGAGCGUACUCCAGGCCAGAGAUGCGCUGAAUUCAAUACUUGCAGCGAUGUAUUCCCUUCUUCAACAGAACCGCGAAUUAAUCAAAAAGACACUCCCAUAUAUACCCUUGCCGGCUAAGACUGCGAUCGAAGUGGAGCAAAUUAAAAUGCCCUUGAACCGCUGGUCUGACCUGUUUUCUCUCUUUAGCAAGCAGAAUCAAGUCUCACCAAAACAACAAAUGUCCAUUGACAUCCUUGUCAUACAGCAUAUGGCAGCCUGGAUCCAUAUUUCGACGUUUUUCAAUCACGACCAACUGUCAUACGAUUUUUAUUACUCUAGCUUUGAGCAGAUCGUAGAUCUUGCACAGAAAGUUAGUAGCAUAGAUGAUGAUAACAAAAUUUCUAGGUCACGUUUCAGUCUUGACGUCGGUUUGAUCCAGCCACUUUUAUACGUCGCAACACACUGUCGUGAUCCCUCUUUGCGGCGCCAAGCAAUUAAAAUCAUGGACGGACUAGGCAGAGAGGGCUUAUAUGAAGGGCCGUCUAGCGCAGCGGUUGCAAAGUGGGUGGUCAAGAUGGAAGAGGACGGUAUGGAGCAUGGGUUUGUAAGGGAGGGGAAGAGAUUCCAUGGUGAGCUUGCGACCGUUUUUGACAACAUCAAGAGGACAUUUCAAGUCACGGGAACUAGAAGAAACUGUGAUGGCGUUUGGGAACACGUUAAUGGACAUGCUACGUGGGAGGUUCAUAGUAUAUGACUUUGUGAUAAAUUUAGGCAGCAGCUGGAUGGGAUUUUAAACGCCCAUUUAUGUUCUAUAAAAAACAUGCCGUCGCCCCU